AUGAAUGAUGACCUGUUGGCUUUUGCUAAUGGUUUUUCAUUGAUCUGUUUUAUUAUGGUGGCUUCUUCUCAGUUUGUGAAAAAGGUGGCUGCGGACAAGCUUGUUGCUGAGUUUGCAGUCCCAGAUAACAAAGGAGAAUCCUCAGAUCAGGUACAACAAGAAGUUGUAUCAAGAACAUUUACAGCCGUGUGGCGCUUGCAAUCAAAAAGCAAAACAUUCUACCACUGUUUUUUGGGCAACGAAUGUAGCCAAAUCUACCACAAAGAAUGUCUUGAACCUCAACCUGAGAUCAAAGUCCCUUAUCAUCCCAAACAACCUCUCCAACUUCUUUUUCCAUCUCCCAAUACACUUCAUCUGUGGAGCAGCAAUUACAAGUGUAAUUGUUGUGGAGAAAACACUAAAAAUUUCUAUUACUCUUGUUCUAUUUGUGAUUUUAAUUUACAUCCUCUUUGUGCAAUAAAUUUGAACAGCCUUUCUAUAAACUACCCAAAAAGGCACGACCAUACACUCACAUACUUCCCUCGAGUAAACUCCUUAACUUGUGAUGUUUGUGCAUUGGGUAAUGAUAAACAUUUCAUCUACGUUUGUUACCAAUGUGAUUUCCUCGUCCAUUAUACGUGUAUCUACUUACCAACCACAAUUAGAAUAUCCCGUCAUUACCACCGUCUUUCUUUCAUUACUCAUAUUACUAAUAAGAAUUGGUCGUCUUGUGGAGUUUGUCGCCAAGGGGUUGAAAAAAAUUAUGGACAAUACUCUUGUGUGAAGGAUUAUUGCGAUUAUGUUGUUCAUUCUAAAUGUGCAACACGAGAAGAUUUAUGGGACGGAAAAGAACUUGAAGGAGAACCAGAAGUCGAGUAUGAAGAUAUUAAGGCGUUUAAAGAGAUAAGCAACGGAGUUAUAGAACAUGACAGUCAUCCAUAUCAUCACAUGAGACUUGAGAAGAAGGAGAAUGGUAGAGUGGAAGACGGAAAACGGUGUCAAGCGUGCAUCCUUCUUAUCUAUGAAUGUAGCAUUUAUAGUUGCAUGCGGUGUGAUUUUAUCCUCCAUGAAACAUGUGCGCAUCUUCCUCGUAAAAAAUGGCAUCCGCUGCAUGCCCAUCCACUUACUCUACAAGUGGCUCAUCAACGUAGAUUCGAGUGCGUAGCUUGUGAAAACCAUUGUUGUGGUUUUGCAUACACGUGCUACGAAGGCGCUUGUUCUUUUCAAUUAGAUGAACAUUUGAGCUGUAUCGAAUGUUUUAAUUUUGUUUUUUGUUUCCGUUGUGCCACUUUACCAUAUAAGGUGAAGUACAAACAUGACGAACAUUAUCUCACUUUAUCCUACAAUGAAGAUACAGGAGGAUACAAUUGGUGUGACAUAUGCGAGAAGGAAACAUAUCCACAUGUUGGGUUUUAUAAGUGUGAUUCGUUGUGUAGCAUCACAGUUCACAUUGAAUGUAUAUUGGGGGUAGAUCCAUUUAUGAACCAUGGUCAAGGUUUCGUAAUCAAAGGCUACAUAUGGGUUCGGAUAAUUCCCAACGAUGGUCUUACUCGAGAAAUUUGCAUGGGGUGUCGAAAGCAUUGCCGUUACAGAAUAGCCUAUGAAGCUGAUGAUUUAAAAGGAAGUAGACUAUUACUUUGUUCCAUGGAGUGUAUAUAUUCUGUCCUAAAGCUUCCCAAGAAUAUUUACUCCUAG